UUUUCCGCAUCGGCCUUGCAGCAUGCGCUUCCGUGCCCAGCUCGUCGUGCAGGUCGACGGGGUGCUCAAGCACUCGCAGCGUCUCUACGACCUCGUCGUCGACGACGAUGGCAUGAUCGUCUUCAAGGGCAAUGGGUCCUUCACACGGUCCUUCCCCAAGCCCGACAAGGUCGUCAUGGGGACGCGGGUCCUGCGCAUCUCGCAGGGCGCCCGCCAUUUUCUCUGUCGGUUCCCUGACCCAGCGGCGUUUGCUACGUGUGUCGCGCAUCUCCAGACCCUUCGCCUCGCGCUUCUCGACGUGCCGGCGUUCUUGCGCCAAGACAGCAAGAAGCUCGCGAGCUUGGCGUACUGCCGCCAAUACUUAGCCCACCCCCAACUCCCCGCGGCCAGCGCCAACGUCCAAAGAAGCUUCAACAACCUCAUCUUCAAGCGUUAGUCGACACAUUCGAUUUCUUAUGCGAGCGUCGGCGGCGUGUACGUCGACUCGAGCGUCACGCUGUUGAAGUAGUAGUACACCUGGUUGGCCUCGUCCCA